GGAUGCGAAACGCAAGGAUCGAUCCAUAGCUCUUCCACCGCUCCACGCCACGCACAACCGAGAGAGAAAUGUGGCCGUCGUCCCUGCUGCCCGCGGCAGCGGUGCUGUACCCGCCGCCGGCGUCGGCGUUCGUGACGGCGAUGUCGGUGGUCUCGUUCGCGUCGCUGGCGUCCGCUGGCCUCUCGGAGCUCCGCGGCGAGCACAUGGCCUACUCCAAGUUCUGGCACGUCAUGUCCGGCCAGCAGAAGCCGAGCGCCGGUGCCGGCGGCGCGCUACUGCCGGGCCGCGACGGGAUGCUGGUGGCCUAUAUGCCGGCGCUCGUCGCUGCGGCGGCGUCCUUCGCCGUGCCGGGCGCCGUCGAAGGGCUGCGCGCGCAGAUCCUCGCCGCCGCGCUCGCCGUCCACUUCCUCAAGCGGGUCCUCGAGGUAUUGUUCAUCCACCGGUAUAGUGGAAACAUGCCACUCAAUACAGCUCUCACAAUCUCCUCCAGCUACCUACUCAGCACCAUCACCAUGAUCUACGCACAACACCUGGCCGUCGGCCUCCCCGACCCUUCAACCGACCUACUCUACCCUGGCAUGCUCCUCUUCGCGAUAGGCAUCGCUGGCAACUUCUACCACCACUACCUCCUGUCGCAACUCAGAAAAGGAGGCGACGAUGAUAAAGGGUACAAGAUCCCCAAGGGUGGCCUCUUCGAGCUUGUCACCUGCCCUCACUACCUCUUCGAGAUCACUGGCUUCUUCGGAUUCGCAAUGAUCUCACAGACGGUCUACGCGCUCGCCAUGGCCUCUGGCACCGCAGGCUACCUCAUCGGCCGAAGUUUCGCCACCAGGAGAUGGUACGAAUCCAAGUUCGAGGAGUUCCCGGCGAGGAUCAAGGCUCUGGUACCCUAUAUCUUGUAGGUAAUUAGAAUAGUAAUUGUAGGUUCGUCCAUUCAUAAGUAGUCUGAGAUUUGCUAAAGAGAUGAAUUAGUUGCUUGGUGUAAGAAUUGUGAUCGGAUGAUGGAACUAAUGAUAUCGUCGCUGAUGUUUUGAUGUUC